AUGGUACCGCAGAAAACUAGUGGUCCCGGACUCAGAACCUUUGAAGGAACGAUUGCUAAGGGAAUUCCACGACUCCCCCUGGCAGGACACCCCGGGCAACAAAGAACCCUAGAACUCUUGAGCCGCAACUACUGGUGGCCAGGAAUGAAGUCAUCUGCUAAGGAAUGGGUAGAAUGCUGUCCCACCUGCCAAGCCAACCAAGUCCCGCCGUUCCCCUUCCACACAAUAUCCUAUGACUUCAUCACGGGAUUCCCCAAGUCUAACGGGUACGAUGCAAUUUUAGUUGUGAUUGACUCCUUCUCCAAGUUUGGCCACUUCAUCCCAACCACGAAGAAGGUCACAGCCAAGGGCCUAGCAGAACUAUUCAUCACCCACGUUUGGAAGUUACACGGGCUACCAGUCAAGACAGUCUCAGACCGCGGAACCACGUUCACGGGGAAAUUCCUAAGGGCACUGUACCAACGCCUUGGAAUCAAUCCGGCCUUCUCCUCAGCCUACCACCCGGAAUCAGACGGCCAAACAGAAAGGGUGAACCAGUUCAUAGAAUUCUACCUCAGAUUGUAUGUUGCCGCCGACCACUUGGACUGGGCCAUCUGGUUGCCAUUAGCGGAAUACGCCUACAAUAACGCAAAGCAUUCCGCCACCGGAAGAACCCCUUUUGAAUUGGUUUAUGGAAGAAAUCCGGUCAUGAAUCCGUCCAAUGUCCCUGCCAACGUCCCAGAAGCCGAUCAAGUGGCCAAUACACUAGCACAAGAAUGGCAAGAGGCGGAGUCAGCACUCAGGAUGACCAAAGAACGCAUGAUAGGCACAAAAGGAGUGGUACCAGAAUACUCAGUGGGCAAGAAGGUUUGGCUGGACGGAAAAAACGUAGAACUUAGAACAAAUUCCAACAAGCUGGACCCCAAACGGCUAGGACCGUUCAAAGUCGUUGAAAAAAUCUCCAGCCACGCGUACCGCCUCAAACUACCAGAUACUCUGAAAAUUCAUGACGUAUUCUACGUAGGAUUACUAUCCAAAACGCAUGAAUCCCCAAGUCAACCUUUUCCGGAUCGUCCCCCCCCUGAAACAAUAGAAGGAGAGGAGGAAUAUGAGGUGGAACAGAUCAUAGAUUCCAAGAGGCAACAAGGAAGGUGGUUUUAUCUGAUCAAAUGGAAAGGGUACGGCCCAGAAGACAACUCCUGGGAGCCAGAGGAACUACUGGAGCACAGUCAAGAAGAAAUCCGUUGCUUUAAUAGAUCACGACUGAAAAAGGCUUGUGACUCCGCCAAGAGCCUUUAA